AUGACGAUGUGCCGUCUGCUGUGCGCCCUGUUGGUGCUCGCCCUGUGCUGCUGCCCGUCUAUGUGUGCAUCAGAUGCUCCGAAAGUUCAAGCUUCUUCCCAGAAGACCACGACGACUAAAACACAGGCACCAACCGUGAGGAUACCGGUCACUCAGGGUCCUCAAGGUAAGGAGUCCGGUGGGGACAAGGGAAAUCCUGUCGUACAUGGAGAUGAAGAAGGUACGAUCGGUCCUGUAUCGCAAUUAAAUGCCAAGCCCAAUGCGUUAGCGGCAGAAGUUGAGAACGCUAUGAUAGAGACAACAAGUGACAAGAAUCCAUCCGCAGAACAAGCAGUUAAGAAACCUGACGAUCCUUUCGAGAAGACCACGACGACCACUACAACAGAGGCACCAAGCACCACGACAACCACGACUACCACUGCGCCAGAGCCACCAAGUACUACAACCACAGAGGCGCCAACCACGACGACCACCCUCGCACCGUCACGUCUUCGCGAAAUCGACGGCAGCCUCAGCAGCUCUGCGUGGGUGUGUGCCCCGCUGCUGCUCGCCUUAUCCGUGCUGGCGUACACCGCUGUGGGCUGA